AAGGACCAGCUUCCAUUGUCGCUAAGCUAACAUGGAAAUCAACGAUCAGACGUACGCUGCUUUACAGCAGUACCUUCAGCAGACGUUUGACCCCAGAACUCAGAAACAAGCCGAGCAAUCCCUGGCACAAGUAGAGGUUCAGCGUAACUUCCCACUACUGGUGAUCAAGCUUAUUGGUGACCAAUCUGCCGAUCAAACUCUUCGAUUCGCGGCUUCUGUGUUCUUCAAAAACUAUGUCAAGCGCCAUUGGGUUCCGGAUGAUGAGAAUGCAAACAAGAUUUAUCCCGAGGACCGCGCUGCAAUCAAAAGUCAGAUUGUCGAUCUAAUGAUCUCUGUGCCGGAAAGGCUGCAGUUUCAGGUGAGCGAAGCGUUAAGUAUCAUUGCUUCGUCAGAUUUCCCUGAAGAUUGGCAAGAGCUGCUGCCGACCUUGAUCAGCAAAUUCAGCACCACAGACUAUCAAGUGAAUAAUGGCGUCCUGCAAACUGCCCAUUCUAUUUUCAAGCCUUGGCGAUCCCAAUUCAGAACUGAUACUCUGUUUAUGGAUAUAAAAUAUGUUCUCGACAAUUUCUGUGAGCCUUACCGACAGCUUUUCGCAACUACCGAUAAGUUGAUCACGGAUUAUGCCAGUGAUGCAGCAGCUUUGCAAAUCUUGUCACAAUCUCUAUUACUUCUUGUCAAGAUCUACUACGAUCUUAAUUGUCAAGAUUUGCCGGAGUUCUUUGAGGAUAAUAUGGGUUAUUUCAUGGAACUCUUCCACAAAUACUUGACCUACAACAAUGGACUUCUGCAAUCAGAUGAUGAGGAGGAAGCUGGCGUUUUAGAAAAAGUCAAGGCAGGCAUUUGCGAAAUCAUAGAGCUCUACACCCAGCGAUACGAAGAAGAGUUCAAACAGCUACCUACUUUUUUUACAACUGUGCUUCAAUUGCUCAUUAGCACGCCGCAGGAACCGAAAUACGAUGUGUUGGCAAGCAAAGCUUUGUCAUUCCUCACAAGUGUUGUAAGGCUAUAUAAGCAUGCUAAUAUCUAUGGAGAAGAAAGUACGAUGAAAUUGAUGUGUGAGAAGAUCGCUCUUCCCAAUAUGGCAUUGCGAUCCAAUGAUGAGGAGUUAUUUGAGGACGAUCCCAUAGAGUACAUUCGACGUGAUUUGGAAGGAUCUGAUUCCGACACGCGUAGGCGAGCUGCGGCUGAUUUCGUUCGUGGACUUAUGGAGCAUUUCGAAUCUCAAGUAACAAGUAUUUUCUUGGGUUAUAUUCAACAUUACCUCCAGCAAUACUCUGUCAACCCUGAGGCGCACUGGAAGGACAAAAAUACUGCCAUCUUUCUGUUGACAGCUAUUGCCACCAAAAGUGGCACAGCCCAGCAUGGUGCUACCAGUAUCAAUGCCAACAUUGAUGUUGUUGACUUCUUUUCGAAAUAUAUCUUGAGCGAUCUGCAGUCACCUAUUGCAUCCGGCAAUCCCAUCUUGAAGGUCGAUGCCAUUAAAUAUCUCUAUACCUUCAGACAUCAGCUGACCAAGGAGCAACUGGUUACUGUUUUCCCACUUUUGGUUGAACAUUUGAAAUCGGAUAGUUAUGUUGUUUACACAUACUCAGCGGUUACCAUUGAGCGAAUUCUGUUUAUCAAAAAGGGAAACGCCAUGCUUUUUACACAAUCAGACAUACAGCCAUACGCCGAAACGCUCUUGGAGUUGCUCUUUAAGCAAAUUGAGAAGGGCCAAACACCCGAAAAAUUGGCGGAAAACGAUUAUUUGAUGAGAGCUAUCAUGAGAGUCAUCAUCACCAGCCGCCAAGGCAUGACACCUUAUGUCAAUGUCAUCAUGUCCAAACUUACAAACAUCCUUGCGAUUGUAAGUAAGAAUCCUAGUAACCCUCGGUUUAAUCAUUAUGUUUUUGAGAGCAUUGGCGCCUUGAUCCGAUUCAUUUGCCCAUCAUCCCCUGCUGCCGUGGCUGAAUUCGAAAAUCUCCUCUUUGGCCCCUUCCAAGUCAUUCUUGCUCAAGAUAUUCAAGAAUUCACGCCAUAUGUAUUCCAAUUGCUUGCACAGCUCUUGGAUUUCCAUACCGGCACCGAACUUUCCGCUGCAUACAUUGCUCUGCUCGACCCACUGCUGAACCCUGCGCUUUGGGAAUACGGUAAUAUUCCUGCUUUGGUUCCUCUUGUCCAAUCUUACUUAUCACGAGGUGUCGACACCAUUUUGGCUCGAAACAAAUUGACGCCAAUCUUGGGUGUGUUCCAAAAAUUGAUGGCUUCCAGACAACAUGAUCAUUAUGGAUUUGGCAUUUUGAAUGCUAUUGUUGUGAAUGUACCUCUCGAUGUCAUAUCCCCAUAUCUACGAGCCAUCGUAACAUAUGUAUUGACUAGACUUCAGUCAAAGACAAACAAAAAAACCGGGCAAAUGGUCCAUGACAAGUUCACCCGUGGCAUGUUGGUUUGGAUUUGUCUUUUCCUCGCACUAGAUAAGCAACCCGGUGGUCCUGAUGUGGUCAUCGAAGCAUUCGAUGCCCUGCAGCCAAGCUUAUUUGCACAAAUGCUCAAUCUCGUUGUUCUUCCUGAGCUGCAAAAGGUCGCAGAGCCUAAAGACCGCAAAACGUGUGCUAUCGGGUUGACAAGAUUAUUGACCCAGAGCGACAAGAUGAUGGCUGAGCCUUAUGUCGGACUAUGGCCAACCAUCUUUACUGCACUUAUAAAGUUGCUUGAACUUCCACAGGAUUUGGCAGGCGACGAUCUGGAUGAGCUUUACACUCUUGAUCUUGAAGAAAGUGGUUAUCAGGCUACUUUUGCCAAACUGGCCACGGCAGCCCCAGUCAAGGAAGACGCCUUUGCAUCGAUACCUGAACCGACUGUUUUCCUUGCCCAAGGCAUUGUAGCCUUGAGCCAAAGGCAUCCUGGCAAAGUUGGCGCUUUGGCCCAACAGAGUGAGGGGGCCAAUGAAUUCUUACCAAAGUACUUCGAACGUGCCAAUCUGAGCAUGGCACAGUUGUCCUAAAUUGAGAUAUUAAAAAAAAAAAUGCGCGAAUUAUGCUGCAAGCCUUUUGCCCUUUACCCCAGCCAACCAAACAACCUUCCCUUUCGACGGACUUUGUAUUGUUUUAUUUUGCAAUCACAUAUCCGUUUGAUAGUGUGAUCUCUUCCCUUACAGACUUUUUCAAAGAACAGAAAUAAAGAUUUAAAUAAAAUAUUCGAAAUUUACAACAUUAAUGUGAUGUAUUGUGUGAUAAAGUUCCAGUGUUCAAUUCCGGCGAGAGAUUGUUUUCUUUUUGGGUGGGAUACCAGUG